AUGACCGUCACCGACACCCUCAAGAACGCCGUCGGCCUUUCCGGCGGCGAGCCCCAGAAGGCCACCCGCGACGAGAUGAGCGCCGCCCGCCUGCCCCUCGCCUACCGAGACUCGUGCGCACAUCUGCUCAUCCCGCUCAACCGGUGUCGCUUCGACGAGUACUACCUGCCCUGGAAGUGCGAGGACGAGCGGCAUUCGUACGAAAAGUGCCAGUACGAGGAGUUCAAGCUGCGCGUGAAGAAGAUGGACGAGCUGCGGGCGGCCAAGAACGGCGCGCGGAGCAACUGA